UCCAUUAAUUUCUCUUGCUUUUGUUGCAUUGAUCCUAAGGGGUGAGUUUUCUUCGCUCCCACUUCAGUUCCCUUGAAUUCAAUGAACUUGAGCUGAGUGACAGCAUUAGCCAUCGUUUGCAUAGCAUAGCAAGAAUGAAACGGGGAAGAGGAGAGAGCAUGGGAGAAUCCAGUUCUAGGGUUUCUCCAACUCUUCAGAACCCCACAGCAGGCAUCAUCAAGCGACUUCGUCUCGAGAACUUCAUGUGUCACUCCAAACACGAGACUGAGUUCGGAAACCAUGUGAAUUUCAUCACGGGUCAAAACGGAAGUGGUAAGAGUGCAAUCCUAACUGCACUGUGUGUUGCAUUUGGCUGUCGGGCCAAAGGAACUCAAAGAGCAUCCACUUUGAAGGAUUUCAUUAAAAAUGGUGCCAGUAAUGCUGUCAUCCAAGUUGAAAUUCAAAAUGAAGGAGAGGAUGCUUUCAAGCCUGAAAUAUAUGGUCGUGUUAUCAAUGUAGAACGUCGGAUAUCUGAAUCCGCAAGUUCUACUACAUUAAAAGAUCACCUAGGUGUGCUUCCCUAUGUUUCUUGUUUUUUCCAGUACUAAGCCUAUUACUGCUAUAAUGUUUUAGUUUGCAACAGAUUAAUUUUCAUGAGAUAUAGGUCCCACUUGUUCUCUUAUAAUUUUCUUUGAGAUACAGGGCCCAUGUUUGUAAGUUUUCCUGAUCUAAAACAAGCAGAAAUUACUUGUUUUAGGGGAUUGAUUCUCAUGAUCAAGACCAGAAAACCAUCUUUGUUUGCUUAGUUUCCUGAUUUAUUGGUAUAAUUUUAGGAUACUAAAAUUAUAUUUCUUCUUCUUGAUUGAUUAGAAUUACACUUGCUUUAUAUUGGAAGAGAUGACUAAGAGAGAUCCUAACCAUCUGAUUACAGAAUAAAUAUAAGGAUAAGACAGGGAAAAAAUAAAUGAUAAUAAAAUAAAGUCAUAUUUGAAUAACCCUGUCAUGAUCUUAUAUCUAAAUCUUUAGAAUAAAGGAGAAUGAAAUACAUUCGGAUCUGAAUGAUCUUGGCUUCCUACAUCUUCCAGAAUCCUUAAUUGAACUUAAGUUUAACGUAACAGACAAAUAAAAUGGUCAUUCCCCUCGUGUUAAUUCAUGGAUGUCCAAGAUGCCCCACUUGCUGGUAAAGAAUUUAGGAUUAAAUCUGGAGAAUCCUUGUGUAAGAAUCAUUGUCACUUGCUACGGAGUGGAAAAGAACGACGUACAAAUUAGGCCUACAUCCGACCUCUCUUUUAUAAAAUAUUUGUCAAUUUCAAUUUGCUUUGUUUGAUCAUGUUCAAUUGGGUUUAGGAAAAUGCUAAUUGAAGCCUUGUUAUCUCGGCAGGACUUCAUGGGAGAGUCGUACUAAGUUGUAAUUAGAUUCUUGAAUAAUAAAAUUACCCAACCUUUUUGGGCCAUUGCCUUAUAUUCAUGAUUUCAACUACUUCUAGCCACAAUGUUUUGUUUU